ACAACAAUGUCCCUCGACCUUGAUUCCGUGGAUGUUACCGCUGCCAAUGCCCUUGCGGCCGGUACUAACAAGCCACAAAAGCGCAUUGUUGCCUCCGGUCUCGGUGGUAAGCUAAUGGGUACCAAGGACAUGAUCAACGUCACCGCCGAACAGUUGGCCAAGGACUCCAUCAACUCUCUUUUGGUCAAGGACCAGCAAGAACGUGAAAGAUACGCCAAGAACAUGCACAUCUCUGAACAGCCAUGGACCGCGGCCAACUGGCAUGAACAUGUCAACUGGUUGAACGUCUACUUGGUUGUCAUGAUUCCGGUCAUGGGGAUGGCUGCCGCCUUUUUCUGGGUUCCUCCUCAAUUGAAGACUCUCGUGCUUGCCUUCGGUCUCUAUGUCAUGUCUGGUAUCUCUAUCACCGCCGGGUACCAUCGUUUGUGGUCUCACAAGGCUUACAAGGCCCGCGACCCACUCAAGAUUGUCUUCGCUCUCUUUGGUGCCGGUGCCGUUGAGGGCUCCAUCAAGUGGUGGGGCCACUCCCACCGUGUCCACCACAGAUACACCGAUACUCCAAGAGAUCCGUACGAUGCUAGACGUGGUUUCUGGUACUCCCACUUAGGAUGGAUGUUGCAAAAGCCAAACCCUAAGUACAAGGCCAGAGCUGACAUUUCCGAUUUGGCUGAUGACUGGAUCGUCAGAGUGCAGCACCGCCACUACCUCACCAUUAUGUUUUUCAUGGCUUUUAUCUUGCCAACCAUAGUUGCCGGUUAUUUCUGGGGCGACUACUGGGGUGGUUUGGUCUAUGCCGGUAUCCUUAAGGCGUUCACCAUUCAACAAGCCACUUUCUGUGUUAACUCCUUGGCCCACUGGAUCGGUGUCCAGCCAUUCGAUGACCGCAGAACCCCAAGAGACCACUUCUUGACUGCCAUCGUUACCUUCGGUGAAGGUUACCACAACUUCCACCACGAGUUUCCGUCUGAUUACAGAAACGCCUUGAAGUGGUGGCAAUACGACCCAACCAAGUACCUUAUCUGGGUUUCCUCCAAGUUGGGUCUUGCUUACAACUUGAAGACCUUCUCCCAAAACGCCAUUCAGCAAGGUUUGCUCCAGCAACAGCAAAAGAAGUUGGAUAGGUUGCGUUCAAACUUGAACUGGGGUACUCCAUUGUCUGAGUUGCCAGUCUGGGAUAAGUCUGAGUUCUUUGAAAAGUCCAAGGUCCAACCAGGCUUGUGUAUCAUUUCCGGGAUUGUCCAUGAUGUUUCCGGUUUCAUGUCCCAACACCCAGGUGGUGAAACCUUGAUUAAGACUUCGGUCGGCAAGGAUGCUACCGUAGUCUUCAACGGUGGUGUUUACGCCCACUCCAACGCUGCCCACAACUUGUUGGCCACUAUGAGAAUGGCUGUCAUCAGAGACGCUGGUGCCGUUAGUGAAACUUUCUCCAUCCAAGAACGUAUGAUGGCUGAAAAGGAUGCGAAGAAGGCCAACUAAACCCUCUUUUCUAUUUGAUAUAUUUUUGUUAAUCGUGCCACUUUUUUUUCUCUUUUUUUUUUUCUUUCUUUCGUCUCUAGGAAAUUGACCAUUCAAGAAAAUUGUGGCCUAAGAUACCACCCUGUAGCUAAAUGUAGAGAUUGGUUAUCGCUAUGAUCCUUUUCGGGUGUUUAGCUUUCUAGGCAUGGUUGACGUCUGAUUUACCACGGGGUUCAAAUCUUGGCUCUCCAUACUACUGAACGGAGAGAUUAUCUCUAUUAGUGACUCAGGGCUUUAUUAAAUCAAGUAUAUUCUCUCAUUUAGGGGGGCUCUUUCGUCAUAUCUCUAUAUCAACUUAUAUAAAUUACGUGUAACUGGGA